ACUUUGUGGCUGUGGUAACUAGUGGAAACACGUACUUUUUAUUUCAUUAAACGUCAGAGACACGCCCCCUGUUUCUCAGACCAUGUGGUUGAUGAUAAACACAGUUUAAUAUCUCCCCAUGUUAAGCUUUUUGGUUUUAACAUUUGUUCGACUUUAGUUAGAUUUAUUACCGCGCGCUCACGAUUAGCUGUUAGCAUGUCUGUUUCCGACGAUGUGAAUUUUGAAACACAGAUUGCGUCUGUUUUGGAUUCACUUGCAAAGGUGGCCGUCGUGGAAAUAACGAAACUGUUCGAGAGUCGCUUCCUUGCUUCGGGAACCACUAUUCUCAUUGAAGGGCGGAGGGAACAAAAUGAAACCCUGCAAACAGUGGACGCUGCAAAAAAGUCUGGCAAAAAAUGUCUUCGCAGUAUCGGAGUUCAAGUGGAUGAGGAGACAACAACGUCCUCAGAGCUACAUGAAAACCCAAAACAGGGCUUGUCCUUGGAGGGGGGCAGUGGUUCUUUGAAUGGGAGCAAUGAGGAGGAGGGUCCUGCACAUCGUAUCCCCCUGCUGAAGGCUAAUCAGCCUGCUGAACUCAAGUGCUCUGUUCUAGAAGAGAAGGUUGUGGAGAUGGUGGAGGAGAGCAGUCUAGAAUCAAAAUCUUCAACAACCACUGAGCCAGAAGAAAAACAAGUGAUUUAUUCUGCCACUGUGGAUCCAAUCCACCUCUAUGUUCCUGUUCAAAGCUCCCCAACUAAGCAGAAACCCCAGCUCCUCAAGACAGAAACCGAGAAUGGAAUCAACAUAGAAUGCGAGACUAAAGUCAUCUGCCAAAUGGUCCCAAAGGCAGAGGAGGAGGACAUAACACGACAGCCUACAUAUAAAGAAAAGCCUAACCAGGUGGAGCUCCAGCAGGCCAGUUACAGCACCGCCAAAGGGACAGCCUACAGCACGUCCUCCUCAGAUGGGGCUUUGGCCCCUGUACAGGCUAAGAGUAAGUUGAAAUUUAUGGAUGUAACGAACCCUCCCUCUGCUAUAAUGAAGAAAACGGUGGAUUUCAAGCUGGACCAGACAAAGAAAAAGAAGGUGGAUUUCAAGCUGGACCAGACAAAGAAGAAGAAGGUAGACUUCAAGCUGGACCAGACAAAGAAGAAGAAGGUAGACUUCAAGCUGGACCAGACAAAGAAGAAGAAGGUGGACUUCAAGCUGGACCAGACAAAGAAGGAGAAGGUGGACUUCAAGCUGGACCAGACAAAGAAGGAGAAGGUGGACUUCAAGCUGGACCAGACAAAGAAGAAGAAGGUGGACUUCAAGCUGGACCAGACAAAGAAGAAGAAGGUGGACUUCAAACUGGACCAGACAAAGAAGGAGAAGGUGGACUUCAAGCUGGACCAGACAAAGAAGAAGAAGGUGGACUUCAAGUUGGACCAGACAAAGAAGAAGAAGGUGGACUUCAAACUGGACCAGACAAAGAAGGAGAAGGUGGACUUCAAGCUGGACCAGACCUCCUUGGAGCAGAAGUUGACGAGGCCUUGCUCUGUCCAGCUGGUGAACCUGCUUUUGGUGCCCGGAGGAAAGAACUCUGGAGGGAAGAAGGCUAAUGGUAGCAACUGUCAUGACAACAAGAGGUUCCCCAUGCCGAAGGACCUCAAGACCCACCAAGGCCUCCACACGGGUCGACGCCUCUGCUGCUUCACUCAGUGUGGGAACGGUGUCUGGCGGCUGCAAGGGGUCCUCUCCUCAAACCGCGCCCAUGGCUGCAAGAUCUGUGGGAAGCGCUUCAAGCGCAGGAAGAUCCUGAGGAGGCACGAGCGCUUCCACACUGGUGAGAAGCCCUACUCCUGCUCCCAGUGCUCCAAAACGUUCGCCCUGCGGAAAAGCCUCCGCAGGCACGAACGGUUCCAUACAGGGCAGAGACCUCACAGCUGCCCCCAGUGUGGGAAGAGCUUUCGUCUCAGGGACAAUCUGAAGGCUCAUCUGCGCUUUCACACUGGUGAGAGACCUUUCACCUGCUCCUUCUGCUCCAAGAGCUUCAGAAUCUUCCGGAAUCUUGAGAAACACAGCAUUGAUCACUUGGGAGCGACAGCGAAAUAGCAAAUUUUCCGGCGAAAGAGAACUGUGCUAAAAGCAUGAGCAGCCUUUUGUAGGCCACCUUACAAAACUGUCCUACCUCUAACUGAAACUACUAAAUGUCCAUUCCUCAUUAUAACCAACCCGGUUGGUUAUUUUUGAUAAGGUGCUAUGAUGGUAAAUUGCCAUUAUGAGAGAUGGGGACAGUGGAGAGAUCUGAAAUGACACAGUCAACCAUCCUUCAUAGGUUUGGAAUGUCCAGAAUGAUCAUCAGAGUGUAAGCUUCAGUGGACACUGAUGUUGUUGACAGUCAUAAUGUUCUAAUACGGUAAGGGCUGGUUUUCCAGACACAGAUUAUGCCUAAUUUUAAAUCAAAACGUUAUUUCAAUGGAGUUUUUCUAUUGCGCAUGCUGGACUAGGCUUAAAGGGACCCUUCGGGAUUUUGGCAAUGAAGCCCUUUAUCUACUUCCACAGAGUCAGAUGAACUCAUGGAUACCAUUUUUAUGACUGCAUUCAGUUUGAAGGAAGUUGCUAACUAGCACAAUGACUGGAAGGCUAUAGUAACUGCUAGUAUGCUAGUAGAUAACAUAAGAUUUCCGGUCAUUGCUCUAACGCUAGUUAGAAUUGGCUUGCGAAACUACACUACAUGACCAAAAGUAUGUGGACACCUGCUCGUUGAUUUCGGAAUGAGAUGUUCAA